AUGUUCGAAGCUCUUUACAAAAUCCCAGAAAUCAAAGAGUUUUUAGCAUGUUUUCCAAAGGAGCAAUGAAAAGGUUGCAUUGAGGCAAGUAUAGUGCUUGGCAUAAGAUGGACUAUUAGUAGAUUUCCUAAUGGGUGUACUUAUAGUCAACUUAAGGCAGAGGCAAAAUCAAAUUUUCAAUGAACACAAAAAAAAGCUUCUGCAAGCUGAGAAGAACACUAUAAGCCUAACAGAAACUCUUUCAGCACUGCAAAAGUUUCUGAGAGCCAGUUACAAAAAGAAAACAGAAAAUACUCGAAAACGAUGAAUCAACAAAAAAUUCCAAAUCGCCUUAAAUGUGUUAGCUCCAAAAUCAAAGACCAGGUCCACCGUGACAUUGCUUUAUACAAAUUCAAAAUGAACUCUUCAAGAAACUCCUUAAUCGAAAAAAGCGCCGAAAUUGAAAAAAUAAACAGUGGUGUACAAACAGAGAGAGUCUCACUUCCAAUAAAUGCAUUACAUUAAGAUUUAUAAGUUUUACGUCCUUUAUGGGGUUGCCCAAACCCAGAGCUUCCCGCUGCAUCUUCACCACACCGAGCCCACAGGCCGCUGGGCCGAUCUGCCUUGUUACACCAAGGCGUGACUCCGCGCACUUUUGUCGACCAAGACGCACUUUCAAUAAAUGCAGUUGACGAUUUUAUCCCUCAUAUAAACUAUGAGGAUUUUUCUAGCCCUAACUAUAGUGAAUCUUUCAGAACGAAAAACAAGAGAAAGCAAAAAAAAUUUUCAAUUACUGAAGAAAUCAAAGAGCCAAAUACCCUCUCUAUAGAAGAUGCUCACUCCCCCCCCUCCGUGAGUGAACAAAAAAAUUUUGUUCACUCACGGAGGGGGUUAAUUUUUUUUUUUUAAAAAAAUUUAUAUAUAAAUUUUAUAAAAAAUAUUUUUUUUCUAAAUUUAAAAAAAUCCUAAUUCGCAAAAAAUUGGAAAGCAAAUAUUAAUUUAAUUUAGAAAAUUUAUGUUUUAAAAAGCAAUUCGUUUAAAAUUAAACAGAAUUAGCUCUAGAUUUCAUUAUACUAAUUAUCAUUUAUAUAUCAAAAAUUUUUUCCAUAAAAAAUUUUUCUAUUAAAAAAUUUUUUGUUCACUCACGGAGGGUGGUUUUUUGGGCAAAAAAUAGGGAUUUUUCUAAUGGGUUUGUUCACUCACGGAGGGGGGGAGUCAGGAUAUUUUCACUCACAUAACCAAUGGAAAAGAUAGCCCUUUAAAAGCGAGGACUAAUGGGAUUAGGCUACUUGAUAUUGAGAAAAAUGAUAAAAGUGUAGUUGGGAUAGCAGACAGAUUUUUAAAUAAUCCUAUGGCUUCUUAUUUAUCUAAAGAAAAAGGGUCAAUUUCUGGCUUGCAUUCUCCUAAGUUUAUAGAGCGGCUUUUAAUCCCUAGCAGUAACCCUACAUCCAGACCUGAGACAACAAGUCCUUCCUAUUUAAUCAAUUUUUAA